CUCCUCUUUCUUAGCUCUUUUCCUAUAUCUCAUAUCUUGCCUGGUAAAUAAAUGGAAAAUUCAAACAUGAAAUUUCAAGUAGUGGCUUUUGAAAACCAAUCUGAAAUGUCAAUGCUUGAACAAGAAAAUUUACCGAAUAAAUAUUAUGGUAAACUCUUAGAGCAGUAAUGCAAGCCUAGAAGUAAAGAAAUCCAACAUCUUUUUGUAGUUUUCUUUACUCAAAACUGUCAAUAUAUUCUGAGGUGAAACAUUGCAGCAAGCCUGCGGGGUGAAGAAAAAGCAAAAAAGGUCUUCUUCUUUUUUCCCUUUUCUAUUUGUUAUUAUUCCUCAAAUUUUCCAGAGAGCCCUAAAUCUAUGGGGGAAAAAGAGCAUUUCAUGAUACAUCACAAAAGCAGUAAACAUGACUAUGACAGACCAACCUGUGGCUAUGACCGUGACCCAUUGUACAACAUCGGCACGAGGCUGAGCUGAUCGAUGUCUAUAUUCCAUACCAUUACUAUCAGAUCGUGAACUGCAUUUAAUAUUUUCCGGGCAAUAAUUUGUGUGCUAUUUACUAUCCAUAGGGCCACAGAAAAGGACGUACAGGCCGCAGAAUUGGACAUCGAUUCUCAAACCUUCUAGCUUAAUGUAUAUAGAAGACACCGAGCACGGGUAGUUGUCAAAUUUAUCCAAAAAGGGACCCCCCCAUAAGGCUGCUAUCAUAUCUCUCUGCAAGUCAGUAAAUUGGCCAACUUGGUUUGCUAGACCACAAACAUUUCUUCGAUUUUCAGUUCAACUCUUUUUACCAUUGUGAAUCUAACCAUAUUGCCUAGAAUACUUCUUGUCCAGUCCAUGUCACUCUGUAUAAUUGAGUCAUCAUUUUGCUCAUCUGGGUCAUCUAAAUAGAACCAUAUAAUGAACAGGGAUCACACUCUAUUAAGGUUUAAGGUGCCUAGAUUUAGCACAUAGGAAUGCAAGUUUAUGGUAGAAGAAACUCCAGCAAAGUUUUUCUGAAAUAUCGACACUAACAAACAUGCCAAUAUCUGAUGUUUCCAGUGAUCUUACUGUUGAAGUCGGAGCCUCAAGCUUUGCACUUCAUAAGUUCCCUCUAGUUUCCAGAAGUGGAAAAAUUCGGAGGCUGUUGUUGGAAACAAAAGAUACAAAAAUUUCACGCAUAAAUCUCCCUACUGUUCCUGGUGGACCAGAGGCAUUUGAGCUAGCAGCAAAGUUCUGUUAUGGAGUAAAUGUUGAGAUCACACUCUCAAAUGUGGCUAUGCUACGUUGCACAGCUCAUUUCCUGGAAAUGACAGAGGAGUUCACGGAGAAAAACAUGGAAAGUCGAACUGAAGCAUAUCUAAAGGAGCUGGUGCUCCCAAAUAUAUCAAGCUCAAUAUCUGUUCUGCACCGUUGUGAAAGCCUGUUGCCAAUAUCUGAAGAUAUCAACCUGGUUAGCAGGCUUAUUAAUGCAAUUUCCAAUAAUGCAUGCAAAGAGCAGCUCACCUCUGGCUUAUUAAAACUUGACCAUAAUUUCCCUGGAAAAACUAUUCCCAACAUGGAACCAGAUACACCAGCAGACUGGUGGGGGAAAUCACUCUCAGUUCUUAAUCUUGAUUUCUUCCGACGGGUUGUGUCUUCUGUAAAAUCUAAGGGUCUAAAACAGGAUUUGAUUAGCAAAAUUCUGAUAAACUAUGCCCAGAAUUCUCUUCAAGGACUUGUAGGCAAGGACUCCCACCUGCUCAGAGGAAGUCUCAUGGAUUCGGAACUGCAGAAGAAGCAAAGAGUCAUUGUUGAAGCAAUAGUUAGCUUACUCCCAACCCAAUCAAGGAAGAGUCCGGUUCCAAUGGCAUUUCUUUCAAGUUUGUUAAAAACAGCAAUAGUUGCAUCAGCAUCUACUUCUUGCAGAUCGGAUUUGGAGAGGCGAAUUGGUCUGCAACUGGACCAGGCAAUUCUCGAAGACGUCCUACUUCCGGCAAAUUCACAUGGAAACAACCACAGCACACUUUAUGAUACAGAUUCACUCUUGAGGAUUUUCUCUAUUUUUCUAAACUUGGAUGAGGAUGACGAGGAAGAUCAUCACUUGAGGGAUGAGAGUGAAAUGGCAUAUGACUUUGACAGCCCUGGAUCUCCAAAACAAAGCUCAAUUCUCAAGGUAUCAAAGUUAUUGGACAGUUAUCUCGCAGAAGUUGCAAUUGACUCAAACUUGACGACAUCAAAGUUCAUAGCACUAGCAGAACUACUUCCAGACCAUGCUCGUAUAGUAAGUGAUGGAUUGUACAGAGCUGUGGACAUAUUUCUCAAAGUUCAUAUAAAUAUUAAGGAUUCUGAGCGCUACCGACUUUGUAAGACAAUUGACUGUCAGAAACUAUCCCAAGAAGCUUGCAGUCAUGCAGCACAGAAUGAAAGGUUGCCUGUGCAGAUGGCAGUCCAAGUCCUAUACUUCGAACAAAUCAGGCUUCGGAAUGCCAUGAAUGGUGGUGGCCAAAACCAAUUCUUCUUUGGCGCAAACAAUGGCCAAUUCCCUCAACGUUCAAGCAGUGGUGCAGGAAGUGGAGCAAUCUCACCAAGGGAUAACUAUGCAUCAGUGAGAAGAGAGAACCGAGAGCUAAAGCUUGAAGUAGCAAGAAUGAGAAUGAGGCUUACGGACUUAGAGAAGGAUCAUGUGUCUAUGAAGCAGGAGCUCGUCAAGUCCCAUCCUGCCAAUAGGCUAUUCAAGUCAUUAACCAAAAAACUAAGCAAGCUCAAUUCCUUGUUCCGGAUUAAUGGCAUCAAGCCCACAGGAGUGACCUCUCCAUGGGGCUUUGGAGGCAGGAAUUCAAAUCAUCAAAAUUGUAUGCAAGAGGGUACCCGAGACGAGGGGGCUAGAUGGGGCUGUGAUGGUAAAAUGAAUGCAGGGAUCUGCAGGUGUUUCUUCAAGACAGAUCAAACUAUAGCCUGUCCUGAGUCCUACCAAAGACAUGAUGAAGGGGGUUAAUGGACACCAGUCACAUUCUCUUAGAUUCUUUGUUUAUGAAAACUCAAAGCAUAGGGCUCCAAAAUAUUACUAAUACUCGUUAAACUUGCUUAUAUUUGCACCUCCAAUAACUGUGAGGUCGCGUUUUGCGAUCCCCAAAGAACAUCUCUGUAUUCAUCACUGCAUUAUACAUUUUGGAGAAGACAUGCAGUCCCCGAUUCUUCCA